UUACAAAAAAGAGAAUUGUUAACAUUGACAGAUAUGCUGAAAAUAGUUGUAAUAGUUUUCAAGAAGAGAUGCACUCGUCACUUUCCAACUAUCUUCUUCUUCUUCUUCUUAUCUACUGGAGAGUAGUGGGUGUGACUUUGUUGACAGUUUGAGCUUUACGUAAAUGACGCCUGGUCGCGGUGGUCUUCUGUUAACGUGAGACCACCUCUCCAAGUCCACUAGCAGUCGAUGUGAUAUCAUAUACUCUGCGGUCUCUGAAGCAUGAAGGCGCUGAGCUUUGGGCUCAGCCUCAUUCGACAUGGGGAAACCCAGUACAAUAAAGAAGGCCUGCUCCAAGGCCAGGCUAUAAAUUUAGCCUUGUCUGAGACGGGGUUGCAGCAGGCUGAGGCAGCAGGCUGCUACCUUAAAGAUGUUGAGUUCAGCAACGUGUUUGUCAGUGAUAUGCUGCGGGCCCGGCAGACUGCUGAAACAAUAAUAAAACAUAACCCUAGUUGUUCUGGUCUACAAAUGGUGUGUGACCCUUUACUUAAAGAGAAAAGCUUUGGGAUCGCGGAGGGGCGGCCGGUGCAGGAAGUGAGAGAGAUGGCCAAGGCAGCCGGUGAGACAUUUCCAGGCUUCACCCCUCCAAGGGGGGAGACUCAGGAGCAGGUGAAAGAGAGGGUCAAAGAAUUUUUGGGGAAAAUUCUCCAGCAAAUUGGGGCCGAACACUGGCAUAACAGAGGGGAGGAGGAGGCGUCCCUUUCUGCUGCAAUGGAAGCGUCUCCCGUGGAGGGGAAGGCAGACGAUGGGGUCAGAGGUGUCCCGGUCCACGCUUUGGUCGUCACCCACGGGGCCUACAUGUGCGUGGCUGUGCGCUUCUUUGUGGAAGAGCUGCAUUGCUCCUUGCCUCCGGGUUGUGACGAGGCACACAUGUUCGCUUUAAGCCCGAACACGGGGCUGUGCCGGUUUUUACUUACCGUGAGGAGAGAGGACGACGGGUUCAAAUUGUCAGGGAUCCGCUGUGUGUUCGUCCACAGGCGGGACCACGGUAAAAAGUAGGAGCUGAAGGAACGAGGUGUUUGAGAAAGGCGAGAGACAGUGGAGGAGGAAAGGCAGACGUACAGUGUGGACUCACCACUGAGAGAUUGAACAUGUAAUUAAGAAACAAUCUCAGGUCAACAGGUCAGGUGCUGUUGAUUGUUAGUAUGGUCUACCAGAAGCAGUAUCUUAAAACCACAUUAUAGUAUACUUUAUAGUACAAAGUCACCAAUAUUUGAUACUGUGGCCUAAAACGUAAUAUGAUUUAUAUAUAUAUGAUUUAUAUAUAUAUACACAUAUAUAUACAUGUGUGUAUAUAUAUAUAUAUAUAUAUAUAUAUAUAUAUAUAUAUAAAACCUUUAUUUCAACUCAUAGCUGGCUUGUGUUGUAGGGAAAUGUCAUCACGUGUCUGGCUGUUCAUUAUUGUAAAUGUGGGCAGCUUUGGACUCUAAUGAGUCCAUGUUUCUAAAUGUAUUCUCCGGAAGUGCAUAGACACAGAGCAGAACUAUAACAGUGUUGACUUUUGGGAAAUCAGUGACUUUUUCAUUGUUGGGAAUUAACACCUGGGUCAACAUGGGCAAAUGCAAGAAGCAGUGCAUCCACACUGUGUCGUGUGGCUCCUCUACUUUCCAUCAGCUGUCGUCUCUGUGGUCCUGUCAUUGAAAACAUGACGACUGCUGUCUGACUGAGUAUAUUUCUUAAAUAAGAAGAUGUAGCCGUGACACGUUUCUGUAUCUGUGGUAACUUGCCAACAGCGAUAAAAGAUCUUUUCUCAAUAAAACAUUCAGUCUA